GCAGGCUACCCGGCCGAAGACUUCCUAUCCGGCGCUGUGGACCUCCGGGAGCUGAGAUCAUUGGGCUUCAGCGCCCGGGAGCUGCGCGAGUCCCUGGGUCCAACAGCAGCUCGGGAGCUGCAUGCCGCCGGCUUCACAGCCACGCAGUUGAAGCUUGCAGACUUCGACGCCUGGCAGCUGGAGGAGGCAGGCUGCAGCAUCCCCGAAAUCCUGGAUGCCGGCUUCUGUGCCCAGCAAAUGCGCUACACUUCCCUCUCUGCCGAUGGCAUGAGGGAGGCCGGCUUUGGAGCGAAAGAACUCUGGGAGGCGGGCUACAGCCGAAGGCAGCUCGAGUUUCAGUUCACAGAGGAAGAGCUGAAUGCAGCAGGCGUCGGAGAACGAGAAGACGAAGCAGAGCUGCGCAAAGUCGGACUGCUGGAGAACAGCAG